UCUGAGAUUUCUGGUGCUCCUCCAGACAGCAAAGGUAGAGUAUCGUCAAUACUUAAUGUCAGCUCAAGAAUAUUUAACUUUUUUCUUCUCUUAUUUCAGAAAGCCACACUGAAAGAUGAACAUUUCGCUGGGAGAUAACAUUACACAAAUCAAGAUUUUGCGGGACACCUUUGAAGUAGCGGUGGCCAAGAAUGUGAUUGUGGUCGGUCUGUGCAUCUCCAUCAACUACAUCAACAGCACGCUGGUCCACACCUUCAUGAAGCAUGAGAUCUUCACAGGAAACCCUCGCUACAUUCUCUUCAUCCACAUGGUGCUCAAUGACACUAUUCAACUUAUGAUUGCAGGUCUUUUGCAUAUCUUGAGCUACACUGUGUUUACUAUCAACGUCUCCUUCUGCUGCCUUUUAAUAAUGACUGUCAUUUUCACGACGCUCAACACGCCGCUGACCCUCGCAACGAUGGCGAUAGAGCGCUACAUUGCUAUCUGCAACCCUUUACGUCACUCUCAGAUUUGUACCGUACGUAAAACGUACAUCCUAAUCGGAGUAAUCUGGAUAUUGAGUGCUAUUCAGGUCCUUCCGGACAUGUUUGUACUUUUAGCCACACAGCCUGUAAUGUUCUUCCACAGCAACAUCUUUUGUUAUAGAGAUAAUCUGUUUAAUUACCCGUACAUGAUAGAAAAGAGAAAUGUGGUGUUUAUCAUAUAUCUGUCCUUUGUGUGGUUCACCAUUGUCUUUACUUAUUUAAAGAUCAUGUUGGUGGCAAAGGCCUUGAACUCGGACGCUCGAAAAGCUCGGAGUACCAUCAUACUACACGCAAUUCAGCUCUUGAUGUGCAUGCUGACAUUUGUAUGGCCCUUUUUGGACAGGUUGCUUCCCUACGUCUUUCCCAUGUAUGUUCUAGAGAUGAGAUUUGUUUGUUAUUUAAUGAUCCAGAUUAUGCCGAGGUUUAUCAGCCCUAUUGUGUAUGGAGUGAGAGAUCAAACCUUUUGUAGCUAUAUGAAAAGAUACUUACUGUGCACAAUGUUUAAGGUAAAGAGUCGAAUCAAAAAUGUUCAAACCGAGAGGAAUUUAGAAAAAGUUCCCAAUAAAUUCAUGUAGGACUUUGUGUUGUGUACUGUGAAUUAAAAUAACA